AUACGUCAAGGUGACAUCAAUACAAAAACAACUAUUUAAUUUAAUCCUUGUUAUAUUACGUAAAAAUCUAUUUUUCGAUAGUUUUUGGGUGACUGUGCAUGGUUUCAGCUAAAAACUAGGUCUGUUACGUCACCUAGGUGUUCGAUCUCACUAAAGUAAAAUGGCGCCAAUGCGCCACAUUGCUCUGUAACUGUGGCUCGUUACGCUGUCUGAUAACCGAGAUCCGUGUUAAAAGUGCUGCAAAGACCAUUUAACUUAAUUUCAUUUUGCGGGAGUUACAUUUAUUAAAGUUAAUUGAGACGAGAGAACUUUUAAGGAAGUGUAAUUUGGCACGUGCACGAGUUAUUUUUAGGCUUGUACGUGUCGUCAAGGAAAGCUAAUCGAUAAUGGCGCGAGACCGUUUCCCCUCGACGUCGUCGACGGACGAGAAUGAAUCCGGCACUGAUGGGGAAUCAGACAGGAAGAGAAUCACCAUCUCCUAUGGCGGCAUGCCCACGUCGCAGCCUCCGGGUCAUCAUGUCAUCAUUCGGAAGAGGCGUGGCAAUCUUCCGAAGCAUUCGGUGAAAAUCCUGAAGAGGUGGUUGUAUGAACAUCGGUACAACGCGUACCCGAGCGAUGCCGAGAAACUGACGCUCAGUCAGGAAGCUAACUUAACUGUGUUGCAAGUAUGCAACUGGUUCAUAAACGCGCGUCGUCGCAUCCUGCCGGAGAUGAUCCGCCGCGAGGGGCACGACCCGCUGCACUACACGAUAUCGCGGCGCGGCCGCAAGCAGCUCAGCGGCGCCGGCUCCAGCUCGCUCGUGGUCACCUCCUGGGACGGCACCGAGAUUGAGGGCGAGGGCGAGGGCGAGCGCGGGCGCGACCACGACUACGGCGACGGGCUGCUGGUGUACCGCAGCGACGGCGAGCUGGCCGACGGCGACGCGGGGGCGCCGGACGGCGAGCACGAGGAGUACUCGUCCGGCGCCGUCAGCGAGGAGGACGUCAAGUACGACCCCUCCGUGUGGCACUCCGUCAUCCGCUACGCAGAGGACGUGCACCCGGCCGCGAGGGGAUCGGCGGCAGUGGUGACGGUGCGCACGAUGGACGGCGAGCCGGUGGUAGCGGAGGGCGAAGCGAGCGAAGCGGGCGAGGGCUCGGCGGGCGGCUGGCACCCGCAGCUGGCGCACCUGCCGCAGCUGCCGCACCCGCUGCGGCGCCGUCUGCAGGUGGUCGGCACUCACGCGCCGGAGCCGAUGGAGCGCGACAAGUUCAAGUGCCUGUACCUGCUCGUGGAGACCGCCGUCGCCGUGCGCCAGCGGGAGAAGGAGCACGACGAGCUGCCCGUCUAACGCAUACAUCGGAAGGAUUGCGCAUUACCCACUGCGUUAUAGUGAUUCACGUCCAUACAAUUAAAUUUUGUAGUGUCUUACAUCGGCUACACUUCGAUAAACGGUGCCUAGACUGUCAUGCGGCAUGACAUGCAAACUGUCAUGCGACAUAACAUGCAAACUGUCGUGCGACAUAACAUGCAAACUGUCAUGCGACAUGACAAGCAAACUGUCAAGUGACAUGACAUGCAGACUGUCAUGCGGCAUGACAAGCAAACUGUCAUACGACAUGACAUGCUAACUGUCAUGCGACAUGACAUGCUAACUGUCAAGCGACAUGACAUACCGAUAGUUAUGCAGUAUGACAUGCAAGCUGUCAUUGAGCUUGACAUGCCUACUGUCAAACAUAAACGUCAAAACUGUAUUUAAUUGACGUUUUUGGUGGAAUUUUAACAUGCAUGCACAUUGCACAUGCGGCAUGACUGUCUGUGGGCCAUAUGAGUUGUAUACAUUUGUAUGACAAUUAUAAAGCAUUGAAUGUUGAUAUAUUCAAUUUCUAUAUUAAACGGAAUAUUUGGUCGGGAAAUAA